UUUCUGUCGCGGAUAAUGAUGGAGAAAGGCACAAGGGCAGGCUCACAACUUGGGCCCACAGCGCUGACAAAGCCUGCAAAAAUCUCUGGAAAAGAAGCUCUGCCAAAAUCAGCGAGCGAGACUAAACCGCAGGCUGAAAGUAUAACUACGGAAAAUAAAAGUCAAAGAGGACGGGAUGACUCAGCGCACAAACCCGGGCCUGUUACUGGCGGGGUGUUAAACGUCGCUAAAAAUGGCAAGUUUGAACCAAAGGAUAAUGUAGAACAGGCUUUGAGCGGAUAUGCGGAGAAAACUAGUAAUCUUGACGACAAAAAGAUAGAAGUUAAAGCCGUGUCGGAAAGCCCACAAGUCCUGAAAGAUUUAACCAAACAGGGCAGCAUUAGUGGAAGUAAAAUCCCAACAUCGGACAGACUUUCAGCGAACGGCGAAGUGAGUUUGCUGUCAAAACUCGAGCCACUCAACGAUGCAUCUGCGAGGUCUAAAAAACAAACUUUUAAACCGUCCCCGGAGGCUAGUAACAUCUUGAACUCGUCUCUGAAAAGGCACAACUUAACAAAAGGUCGAAGUAAAGAUGAGUGGAGCGUGCCGCAAAACCGCGAUACGCCGUCUAGCUGGCUGGACUUGGACUUCCCCAAACAGAGGCUGAAAGUGUCGAGCGAGGCCAAGCUGACGUCGUCCGGGAGCGAGAGCAACCUCCUGGACACGUCCGCGGACCUCGACGACGCAGAUUUCGUGGAGAAAAUUAAAAAGCUCUGCGCGCCGUUUUCGUUACCGCCGAGAAAGCACAACCCGCUCAGGAACCCGCAGCCUCCCUUCGCGAUGCCGGCGAUCAAAGAAGACCGGUACGAAAAGACGUUCGACCCCGACGAGUUCACGUUCGGACUGAGGAAGACGAAUAAGUUCAGCUUCGAGACGCCGAGUUUGCUGGCGAAGCUUCAAAAUCCGGAGGGGAAGCCGAGCGUAAAACCGGCGAGAGCGAGCUUCGCCGACCGGAGCAUGUUGCUAAGCGGUUUGGAGUCACGUUUUCGAGACAAGGCGCCAUCUAAAGACGAAAAAGAGGAGGCGAAGGACGAAGUUAAGGAUGAAAUCAAAGUGAAAUCCCGUUUGGAGGGGAGCUGCGUGCUUAACAGUCUGACCACGUCCAGUUUCAGGAGCAAACUCAGCCAGAGUCAAGCCCAAGCGGACGGCACUAACUCGGGGAAUGUGUCUCCAAGCGGCAGCCCCCAAAACAACAGUCCCCGGCAACUGGUACCGCCCCCCCCUGCCCAAGCCAACCCGGAGGCACGCAACAAGAAAGAGGAAAUCCAGUGCGCAGGGGAACUCGCGGAGAGUGACUCAGGCCCUCCACUCCCAGCGUUUAACCAGAUCAAACUGCCGGACUUUUUGGAGAAGUACCUCCCCAGAGAGACGAGGGAGCAGGGGCAGAGGGAGCCGGGGAAACUGCAGCGAGCCAGAACAGAGGUGGAUUCUAAAAUGCCUUCAGUGAAAGAGGAGGCACGGAGCAGCUCACCGCGGGAGUCUCCAGUCCACACGCAGCUGCACACACAGGCGGCAGUGAAGAAGCCCACACUCGCAGAAUCGACCCAGAGCACACCGAAGGAGCUGCACGCCGAAAAAAACAAGGCGCCCGUAAAGAUGCCGUCUCCCGCUGGUCCUGCGGAGGAGCCGAGUGUGACGAACGCGAUGAAACUUCCUCCUUCUCUGACCAAUCACUUCUCUGGGAUUUCUCUGACGGACCAAGCCCCGCCCCGUCACGCUCCGCCCAAGAGGAGACCCAGCAGCAAGAUCCGACCGGCCAAAGGAUCCCACACGAGGCCCGGCAAGAUGCUGCUGUUUGAGAAGGCUCCGUUUGAAGGCCAGGUGUACGAGGUGCACAGAGAUGUAGAAGACGCCACGUUCAUGCAGUUUUCUCCUCUGGUGUCGGUCAGGGUGGUCAGAGGAUGUUGGAUCCUCUACGAGAAGCCCGGGUUCCAGGGUCGGACCAUCGCUCUGGAGGAGGGCGGCCUGGAGCUGGCCAACGUGUGGGCCCAGCCUGAGCCCGGUCCUGGUCUAGACCCCGGACUGGACCCCGACCUAGACCCACAGGUGCCCAUGCAGAUCGGCUCCAUACGUCUGGCCGUGUCCGACUACGCCCUCCCUCACAUAGACCUGUUCACCGAGCCGGAGGGGAGAGGACGGGUCACUCCGUACCACGACGACAUCGUGGAAACCGGCUCCUUCGGGAUCCCCCUGAGCACCUCGUCUAUACAGGUCCACUCUGGAGUGUGGCUCGUGUUCAGCGACCCGGGGUUCCAGGGCAUGCUCGCCGUGCUGGAGACCGGAGUCUACCCCUUCCCCGAGACCUGGGGCUUCCCGUCGCCCUUCGUGGGAUCCCUCCGACCGCUCAAGAUGGGAGGAUUUAAAGUGGAGAAUCCCAAUGAGGUCAAGGCGGUGGUGUUCGAGAAAGCAGCGUUCGAAGGGCCCAGCGUGGAGACCGAGACGGACGUGUUCUGCUUUGGAGAAGAGGACGGGGGACAAGACGCCGCCCUGCAGUGCGUCGGCUCGCUCAAGAUCCUGGGAGGACUGUGGGUGGGCUACAGUGAGCCGGGCUUCGAGGGGCAGCAGUACAUUCUGGAGGAGGGGGAGUACCUGCGCUGUGAGGACUGGGGAGGAGCCGAGAUCCUGUCUCUGCGACCCAUCAUGUCCGAUUUCAUGUCUCCUCACCUGAAGAUGUUUAGUGACGCAGAUUUCGGGGCCCUGGGUGUAAACAUCGACCUGACUGUCCCCGUGAUAAACCUGGACGAGACCGGCUACGGACUCAAGACCCAGUCCAUGGACGUGCUCAGCGGAGUCUGGGUGGUGUUCGAGGAGCCCGGCUUCAGUGGAGAGAGUUUCCUCCUGGAGAAGGGCCAGUACGGAAACCCGGAGGACUGGGGGUCCAAGCGGCCCACCGUCGCCUCCGCCAUGCCCGUGGUCCUGGAAAAUUUCGAGACCACGGCUAAGUUCAAGGUGCAGCUGUUCCCGGAGGCGGACUUCCGAGGCUCGGCCCUGGUCCUGGAGGACAGUGAAGGUUCUCUGCCCCCCGGCUUCUCUGUGGGCUCCUGCAAAGUCCUGGCUGGAAGCUGGUUGGCGUUCGAGGGGCAGGAGUUCUCCGGGAGGAUGUACGUGCUGGACGAGGGCAGUUACCCCGACCUGAGGGCCAUGGGCUGCGUGCACGCCAGCGCCACCAUCCUGUCACUGCAGGUGGUCGGGUUUGAGUUCUCGCUGCCCUCCAUCGUUCUGUUCGAGCGCUGCGGCCUGAAGGGGAAGCGUCUGGUGCUGAGCGACGGCGAGGUGAACCUGCUGAUGAGCGGAGGAGGGGGGCGGGUGCAGUCUGUGCUGGUGGAGGGAGGCAUGUGGGUUCUGUACGAGGAGAUAAACUACAGAGGCGCCCAGAUGCUCCUCAGGCCCGGGGAGGUGUCUGACUGGAGGAGCUUCAGCGGCUGGAAGAAGGUCGGCUCACUGCGCCCCCUGCUGCAGAAGCAGGUUCACUUCCACAUCCGCAGUCGACAGUCCGGGCAUCUGAUGACGGUGACCGGAGACUUGGACGACAUCAAACUGCUGCGAGUGCAGGAGAUGGAGGAGAGUCAAGGCUUCGAGCAGAUCUGGUUCUUCCAGAGCGGACACCUGCGCUGCAAGCUGCUGGAGGAGUGCUGCCUGUGCCCCAGCAGCAGCGUGACCAUCGCCGGGGCCCGAGUGGGACUGGCCCCCGCCCUGGACGACACCGCUCACCUGUGGAACAUCGCGCCGGACGGGGUCAUCGCCUACAGCGCCUCGCCCAACCUCGUGCUCGAAGUCAAGGGAGGCCACAACUACGACAAGACCCAGGUGGUUCUGAACACACGGGACCCCAAGAGGCUCCAGCAGCAGUGGGUCAUCGAGGUCCUGUAGGAGUUUUACUGAAGUGGACCUUAAACGGGACUUUACACGGGACUUUACGUAGGAUCUUACAUUGGUACUUACAUUGGACUUUAUCGGGACCUUUACAUUGGACUUUACAGUGAAUCCCCGGGCCGUAGACCGGUACCGAGCCGCAAAAAUGACCACGUGGACCGUGCCUAAUCCCGUACACCGUGCCUUUAAACCAGAACUAAAACAGGUCUAAAACCAGGACUAAACCAGAACUAAAACCACCACUAAACUAGGACUAAACCAGAACUAAAGCCAGGACUAAAACCAGGGCUAAACCAGAACUAAAUGAGAACUAAAACCAGGAUUCAACCAGGAUUAAACCAGGACAA